AUGCCUUCGUCAAAACUGGCUCCGGGCCAAGUAGCAACGAUAGAUUUAUUGCCAGCUGAAGAACUACUCCGUGAUCUUCUGCUUGAGUGCCGACAACAGCUGGCGACGCCAGACCUUGAGAUAUGGAUAACUGGUGGCUGGGUGAGAGAUCGACUCCUGGGCAUUCCCUGUGCCGACUUGGAUAUCGCUCUUAGUACCAUGACUGGUGUGCAAUUCGGCAUUCUUCUGACAAAGUUCCUCAAGCAGAAUGAGGGCUCCUAUCGGCAGCGAGCACUAGGCUUGGGAAUCGACUUCAAUGAAUUCAAUGGCUUCCAUACAACCAACAAGAAUCUCGACAAGUCAAAGAAACUCGAGACUGCUGUUGGAAGAAUCUUUGGCUUGGACCUGGAUCUUGUCAACCUGCGCAAGGAGGUAUACGACGACGAUUGUCGUACUCCAGAAAUGGAGUUUGGCACCGCCGAGGAAGAUGCUUUCAGACGUGACGCAACUGUUAAUGCCCUGUUUUUCGACCUGCAAAACCGAAAGGUUGCCGACUUUACCCGCAGAGGCCUGGACGAUCUGUUUGCUGGCAUAAUGCGGACACCACUCGCGCCAAGGCAGACCUUUCUCGACGAUCCCUUGCGUGUGCUUCGUCUCAUCCGCGUAGGAAGUAAACUCGGGUUUACCCUUGAUUCCGAGGCUCUGAGCUGCAUUAGAGAGCAUGAAAUCCAUGUGGCUCUAGACGAGAAGGUCAGUCGGGAGAGAGUCGGCAUUGAGGUCCUCAAAAUGAUGAAGAACCGGAACCCUGAGCUCUGCUUUUCAUUAAUCCUCGAGGCCAAUCUCUAUGGAACUGUUUUCUUGACGUUGUGCUCUCCUCUUCAUGAGCCUCUCCAUCGUCUCCUCCCCCAGGAACCCGAAAGGCCAUGGCCCGCCACUUGGUCGCGGGCAAUCAACGCUAUUAUGACUUUAGCGCAGGACCCAGCAAGACAUUUUGGGGCUUUUAUGGAAUCUGAGAACCAGAAAGAUAUGCUUUGA